UGACACCAGAAAUAAAUCCCAAAAGGUCUUAAUAACAAGUCGUCCAUUCGCUUCCAGUGUGUUUUUUAGUUGUUAUUCACUCAUACGUAAAGACUAGCUUAAAACAUUUGUUGGAGAUUGCACCAAGAUGGGGGUUGACUAGCAAGCAUUUUGAUUAUAGUUAAACGUUUUCCCUCUAGCCAGCUAACGUUGUCGCUGGCACGUUAGUUGCACAGACCGGUAAAUUGGUGGUACUUCUUUUAAACUAGUUAACGUUAGACAUCACUUUGUAGUUGUACAGCACAUAACAAGGAAGAUGGGGUCGUCGAAGAAACAUAAGGAGAAAGGGCGUGAUAAGGAUGCAGAAGAGCGUCACCGCGAACACAAAAAACACCGUCACAAGGAGCGGGAGAGGGACAAGGAACGAAAUGUCACCCGAGAGAGGGAGAAGAGGAAACGGUCCAGAUCGAAGGAAAGGAGCGGACGGGGUUCCGAGAGAGAAGGUCGCAGUAAAGGCGAAAGGAGUGCUGGGGAGCCUCGCGUAAAGAAAGAAAAAGUGGAGGCCGGAUAUCAAGAGAGUCCAGGAAUUGGACCACAGUCUGCAAGUGGAGAUGCCUCACUUAGCAUUGAAGAGACAAACAAGCUGAGGGCCAAGCUUGGUCUGAAGCCUCUGGAAAUGACUGACACAACUAAAGAGCUCGGUACGAAGGAGCAGCCAAUGGUUGCGGAGACGAUCAAUCCUGUGUACAUCAAACAGCAGAACGAGAUGAGGGAGAAACUGGCGGCUAUGAAGGAGAAGAGGCUCCUCAAUAAGAAACUGGGGAAAGUGAAGACUUUAGCAGAGGGAGACUGGCUGGACGACACUGUAGCUUGGGUGGAGAGGAGCCGGAAGAUGGCCAAAGAAAAAGAACUGGCAGAGAAGAGAGCCAAACUUCUGCAGGAGAUGGAUGAGGAGUUUGGUGUGAGCAAUCUGGUGGAUGAGGAGUUUGGCCAGACCAAGAAGGCCGCUUACAGUUCUCGGGACCUAAAGGGUCUCACUGUACAGCAUAGGAUGGAGUCAUUUAAUGAAGGGGAAACUGUCAUCCUCACACUGCAAGACCAAGGUGUGCUUGAAGAGGAGGGUGAUGUACUUGUAAACGUGGGUCUAGUGGACAAAGAAAAGGCUGAGAAGAAUGUGGAGUUGAAGAAGAAAAAGCCUGAUUACAAAGCUUACGAAGAGGAUGAGAGUGUCGAUGACAUGGCUACGUUCAAGCCGCGCACUGUGCUGGGCAAGUAUGAUGAGGAGAUUGAUGGAGAGAAGAAGAAGAGUUUCCAGCUGAGCAAAGGGGGCUGUGCUGAGGGGGAACGGGAACGGGAGCUGCAGGCCAUCCGGGAGACCCUGAGGAACCAGGCCCAGUCCCUGGAGAUGCCUGCUCUCGCUAUUGCCUCAGAGUACUACACACCACAGGAGAUGGUGGGCUUUAAGAAGACCAAGCAGCGCGUCAGGAAGAUCAGGAAGAAGGCGUUGCCUGACGAGCUCCAACUAGACGACACGCGCAACACCGACUUCGGCUCCAGGGUUCGGGGUCGGGGUCGCAGGCAGUUGGAUGAGGGCCAGGAGGUGUCAAAGGAGGGUGUCAUCAUACCGGGACUAGAUGUACCCCAACAGUCUGAUGACAUCAGGAUGGCAGACAUGGACAUCAGUGACGAUGAGGACUUCAUCCCCACUGAGCUGGCUGUGCUGGAGGAGGACGAGGCAGAGCAAGAUCUGCAGAAGCAGCUGGAGAAGCAGAGGAAGCUCAAACAGAAGCAGCUGGAGAAGCAGAGGAAGCUCAAACAGAAGCAGCUGCUCCAAGACUCUGGGGAAAAGGUGGCAGAGCAGGUCCCAUGGCUUGCAAGAGUGGACGGCAGUGACGACGAAGACAACAAGAACAACCUGAACAUUGUAUUUAACGCCACCUCUGAGUUCUGCAGAACUCUGGGUGACAUCCCCACCUACGGUCUGUCAGGAAACAGAGAGGACCAGGAGGAUAUCAUGGAUUUCGAACAGGAGGCGGCGAGAGAUGGGGCCGGAGGAUCAGACUCGGAUGAGGAUGAGAACGUUGGCUGGAGCAUCGUCAACGUGGAUGAGGAACAGAAGCAGCCUGAUUUCUCCACAGCAUCAACCACCAUCCUGGAUGAAGAACCCAUUGUCAGCUCUGGGCUGGCUGCCGCCUUGGCGCUGUGCAAGAAUAAGGGUCUCUUGGACACUCAAAUGCAGAAGAUAUCCCGUGUCCGUGCUCCUACUGGUGCCCUGCCCAAUGAUAACUACAGCAUUGAGGACAAGAUGACUAUAGAUGACAAGUACAGUCGGAGGGAGGAAUAUAGAGGCUUCACCCAGGACUUCAAGGAGAAGGACGCCUACAAGCCGGACGUCAAGAUUGAGUAUGUGGAUGAAUCUGGGCGGAAGCUCACUCCCAAAGAGGCUUUCCGGCAGCUCUCACAUCGGUUCCAUGGGAAGGGGUCUGGCAAGAUGAAGACUGAGAGGAGGAUGAAAAAGCUGGAAGAGGAAGCGCUGCUGAAGAAGAUGAGCAGUAGUGAUACCCCUCUAGGAACGGUCGCUUUGCUUCAGGAGAAACAGAAGUCACAAAAAACACCUUACAUUGUUCUGAGUGGGAGUGGGAAGAGCAUGAAUGCAAACAACAUCACCAAAUAGAUGUGGUUGAGAAGAGGGAUCUGACCAGUGAGGAUGCAGGCUGUGCACCGUUAGACACACAAACACAGACUGAGAUGUUUUACAUUUGAUUUUCCUUGUUGAAUAAAAUCAAGUAGCUGCAUAUUGCUGUUGUGUGUAAAGAAAGUAGAGUUUUUGCUUUUGAUCCUGGAUUUAUGUAAACAAGGAUUGUUAUUUACAUACAGUAAAGAUUUGACAUGAAUUAUUGUUCCUUUUUUUAUUUCCCAAAUGUAUUUGUUUUCAGGGGCAAAUUAAACCAUUGAAAUUGCAAGGUGCUGAA